AUGGACGCACUAAACCUCUACAUUCUCACCUUCAAUUGCGCCCGAAACCUCGUCGACGUCGAUCGAUUCUCUCACCACUUCUUCGACUCCCUCCCGCUCACCGACAAUCUCAACAACUCCUCCUCGUCUGCCCCUCCCCCCGAUCUGAUCGUACUCUCGCUACAAGAAAUCGCGCCGAUCGCGUACGCCUUCCUUGGGGGCUCAUUCCUGACCCCGUACUUCGACACGCUGAGCCAGGUGGUGAACCGCGCGGUCGCGCAGCGCUGGGAUGAUAUACAUUACGUCAACAUCGUGACGGACAACUCCGGGAUGACAGGGUUGAUGGUGUUUGCCCGGUCCGACGUGGCAGGCCAAAUAGCCUGGCUCGAGACGGCCUGGAUAGGUUUUGGGUUCCAAGAGAUGGGCAACAAGGGUGCCGUGGGGGCGCGACUCGGAUACCUGGCAUCAUCAUCAUCAUCCCGGCGGGACGGUGAGGGAGAAAGAGAAGACGCACAACAACCCGUAGAGCUGACCUUCGUGGCCGCGCAUCUCGCGCCGAUGGAAUGGGCGGUUGAGCGCAGGAAUGCGGACUGGCGCAGUCUGGUCGAACGGCUGGUCUUCGAGCGUCAGGAUAGUCGUGUCGCCGCUGCAGGUCGGGAGCCUGUCGGGACCGAAGAAGAAGACAAUGCCGCAUCAGAAAGCGCACCCCUGCUCCAACAGCGCUCUACAGCGGCUUCGCCGGUCGGGCAACAACACGAGCGUCGGGGCAUCUACGUCCCUACGAGUUACCUCUUUCUGGCAGGAGACCUCAACUACCGGACGGCCGAUCGACCGCCCCAUCCGGGCGAUCGGACGAGCAAAUUCCCCCGGGUGAACGUAGAGACGUCGGACCCGCGCCAUUACUCGCAUCUGCUCAAGGAGGAUCAGCUAAGUCGGGAGAGGGCCCAGUCGAGGUGCUUUCAGGGACUGUCGGAAGCGCCGAUCAGCUUUCCUCCGACGUACAAGUACAGCCUGGCGGCACGUCACGCCGUAAGUAAAGCGGUGGGCGAUCAUCACGACGCAUUUUCGCAGGAUUGGCAGUGGACGGGGACCCGCUGGCCCAGUUGGUGUGACCGUGUGCUGUACCUGGACCAGCCUGGACAACCCGUCCGGCCGUUGCGCUACGAGGCGCUGCCGUUGUUUCCAUCCUCUGACCAUCGUGCCGUCGCGCUCGCGGUCUCCGUCCCGGCCCGGCCAAUGCAACCAGCAGAUGCGCUGGCCCAACGGCCGGCGGCGGGCCCGUUCCCGAUCGACCCAGACUGGGCGCGUAGACGAGAUGCGGCGCGGCAGAAGGAGCUGGUGGUGGGCUGUGUCGCGUAUCUCGGGCUGACCUGGGAGGGCAACGGGGUGUUGGUGGCCACGGUGGUUGGGCUUCUGGGUGCAUGGCUCGUGCUUCGCUCACUGUUGAACGCCUGA